CAAAACCACCAAAGCAAGUAUUAAAGUUUUCAUCUAAAAAAUCUUUCCCUACAUUUCUCAUUUUUGUUUUACACGAGAUUAUGGCUAUCGGCUUACCUGGUAAUCUUGCUGAGCAAAUUCUUCGACGAUCCGGAUCAGGCUCAAACAAAUCAACUUCAAGGUUUCAAGAUGUGCCUAAAGGAUUCCUAGCGGUGUAUGUUGGUGCAGAGUCCCAGAAGAAGCGAUUUGUAGUUCCUGUGUCCUACUUAAGUCAGCCUUCAUUUCAAGAUUUGCUGAGCAUGGCUGAAGAGGAGUUUGGCUUUGAUCAUCCAAUGGGUGGCUUGACAAUCCCCUGCAGUGAAGAGACAUUUACUCAUGUCGCCUCUUGCUUGAGCAGAUCAUAAGAAGAGAGUUGUUCAAUGACAAUUUUGAAUAGAAAUUAGGUAGGAUAGGAGUAAUUGCAACAUGUAGAUGACUUUUGUCCUCACUUUCGUAGAGCUGAUUUAGCUUUAUGAGAUGGAUGACAGAAGUUUACCUGUGUAUGUGUACUGAAUAGAAAACCAUUCAUUCAUCAUCACAUAAUCAGUUUCCUCUUUCUUCUGCUCCUUUAGCUUAUGAAUGAUCCACUUUUCUCUAUCUUCUGCUCCCAUACUACAAAAAUCUUUUCAUUUACUUCCAUCCAUAAUAACAAAUUGAAGGGUUCACAGUGGCUCCAUGGUGGGAUUUGAACAACCCUUCAUAUCCUGAUUUGCCAGAAGAAAUUGUUUCAAUCAACCAACAGGCAUAAUGACCAUUCCCCAUGCAGUAAAAACAUCCAUUUCUUUACCUUCCAUCUUGUGUAUAUCACAGAAGAAUUCUGAAAAGCUGUUGAGUUUGGUCAAUUGAAAAGCAUUUUUUAUGGCUUGAGCUAACAGUUAAAUUUACAUUAGACCUUGUCUAACUGACCAUAUAUAUGCAAGAUAAAAGAAUCAUAGCUAGCAUUGUCUAUAGCUUAAUAGCCAUUGUUACUUUGCCUAAUUGAACUACAAAUAGAAACAGUGGAGGGGACUCCUAGUUCAACAACCCAUUUCCAAUGAUUCCAGUUGUAGCUGCACUUACGUACUUCCUGAAAUCCAUUAUUUUUAUCUUCUCCGAAAGUUCAUUAUAUGUCGUUAUAUUUCAGUAAAAUUACCUUCAUGAAUACUUUUGCUUAAUUCUUGAUGGCAUAGAUAUGAAGCCAUUUAUACACGAAGGCUAGGGUUGGGUUAUCCAAAGAAUAUUUCCCUUAAAUAUACAACCAGUUUAUAAACUUUACAUUCAUUU